AUGCACCUAGUCACAGGUCGCCUGCAUGUGGUUGAUGCAAAAACAUUUGCUUCCGAGGGGCGUAAUGCAGGAAAAAUUCUUCUUGUUUUCUACGACGAAUGUGGACGGACAGUCCGCUACUGUCGCGAGGAAUUCGACUGGGGAGUGGGAGCCGGAGCUCUGAUCCAUCAGGAGAUGGAUGACAUUUCGCACUGGGAGACAGCGCGUAUAGGCCCUGCCUAUAGGCCCGGAGGACCCUUGGGACCACGGGAGAGUAGUGACGAAGUCAGCGACUAG